AUGGACAGUCAUGAAGAUGCACGGCCUUUUGUAGAACUGCCGGAGUGCAGCACACGGAGUCGUCUGCGUUUCCGCCUCAGGGAUGGAAGACACGUUUUUAUUAAAAGUGCGGGCCCUCUCUCUGGCAAAAAGUCUUGGGUGAUUGGAGCUACAGGCCAGAAACAAUAUGCAUGGACCACCCGAAGAGCAGUAGACUUAGGAGUAGGACGAGUAAGUCACUCGUUCCUCAUUAUACCGGAAUGCCCUACACCCCUGUUAGGAAGGGACAUCUUAACCAAAGUAGGAGCCCAAAUAUCUUUUCAAGCUGAGAAACCUCUGGUGACUAAUCAGGAAAAUAAGCCUUUGGACUUGAGUAUUCUGACCAUAAGAUUGGAAGACAAAUACUGUCUUUUUAUGGAACCAGAGCCCUCCUGAAUUAGUCAGGAGUGGCUCGACCGAUUCCCAGGAGCCUGGGCGGAGACGGCGGGCAUGGGGCUCGCCAAGAACCAGCCCCCUGUAAUCAUAGAACUAAAAGCUUCAGCCUUGCCAGUGACUGUGAGGAAAUAUCCAAUGAGUAAAGAAGCCAGGGAUGGAAUUAGGCCACAUAUCCAGAAGCUUAUGGAACAGGGAAUAUUGGUAAAAUGUCAAUCCCCAUGGAACACCCCCUUGCUGCCUGUAAAAAAGGCAGGAACGGGAGAUUACCGACCAGUACAAGAUUUAAGAGAAGUUAACAAAAGGACACAGGACAUUCACCCCACCCUGCCGAAUCCCUAUCACCUACUAAGCUCCCUGGCCCCAAAAAACAUCUGGUAUUCAGUUUUAGAUCUAAAGGAUGCUUUCUUUUGUCUGCGCUUGCACCAGAACAGCCAACCGCUAUUUGCCUUUGAGUGGAAAGAUUCCACCACAGGAACUACUGGGCAAUUGACCUGGACUCGUUUGCCACAAGGAUUCAAGAACUCGCCCACCCUCUUCGAUGAGGCUUUACAUCAGGACUUGGCUUUCUACCAAGCUUCAAACCCACAGGUAACUUUGCUGCAAUAUGUUGAUGACUUAUUGAUAGCCGCUCCCACCCGGGAGACCUGCCAAGAGGCCACUGAAGCCCUUUUGACUGAACUUGCCAAAUUAGGGUAUAGAGCAUCUGCUAAGAAGGCACAGAUCUGCCAACAACAAGUGAUUUAUUUGGGAUAUUCCCUGAGAAAAGGGAAAAGGUGGCUUACUGAAGCCCGGAAGCAGACUGUGACGCAGAUUCCGGUCCCCACUACAGCACGCCAGGUUCGCGAGUUUCUGGGGACAGCAGGGUUUUGUAGAUUGUGGAUACCUGGAUAUGCUUCCUUGGCCGCCCCUCUGUACCCCCUUACCAAGGGGACAGCCCUGUUUGUUUGGGGAUCUGAGCAACAACAGGCCUUUGAUGAUAUCAAGAAAGCCCUCCUCUCAGCACCCGCUCUAGCAUUGCCAGACGUAACUAAGUCAUUUGUCCUUUUCGUGGACGAACGGAGCGGAGUAGCUCGAGGAGUGUUGACCCAACAAUAGGGACCUUGGAAGAGACCUGUCGCCUAUCUGUCAAAAAAAUUAGACCCCGUGAGUAGUGGGUGGCCUGCCUGCCUGAGAGUAGUAGCAGCUGUGGCCCUCCUAGUUAAAGAUUCUGACAAACUAACACUGGGACAAAAACUCACUGUGGUUGCUUCACAUGCGUUGGAGAGCAUAAUCCGGCAACCAUCCGAAAGAUGGAUGUCAAAUGCCAGAAUGACUCACUACCAGACCUUACUCCUGAAUCGUGAUCGUGUGGAAUUUGCCCCACCUGCCAUCCUAAACCCAGCUACUCUGCUCCCCGAUUUGGGAAAAGAAGUACUUCAUACCUGCCAGGAAAUCCUGGCUGAGGAGGCGGGGACCCGCCAGGACUUACAAGAUCAGCCUUUAGAAGGACCAGGACUCCUGACUUGGUAUACAGACGGGAGCAGUUACAUUAUGGAUGGUAAGAGAAUGGCGGGAGCUGCAGUAGUGGAUGAUAACCGAAUCGUGUGGGCCAGUGGACUUCCAACGGGCACUUCUGCACAGCGAGCAGAGCUCGUCGCUCUGACUCAGGCUCUAAAGAUAGCAGAAGGUAAGAGACUUAACGUCUAUACCGACAGCCGAUGCGCUUUUGCCACCGCUCACAUACACGGGGCUAUUUAUAGACAGAGAGGGUUAUUGACUUCUGCUGGAAGAGAUGUUAAAAACAAACAAGAAAUUUUAAAUUUGUUAGAAGCCAUCCAUAGACCUAGAGAAGUGGCAAUAAUACAUUGCCCUGGGCAUCAAAAAAGCGACUCUCUAAUAGCUCAAGGAAACAGAAGGGCGGACCAAGCUGCAAAACAAGCAGCCCAGGGAAUGAAUAUCUUCCCCUCCAAGUGUACCCGGAGGCCACUUAUAUACAAGUCUGAAAAAGGGAGAGUUGUCCUGCCCCAGAGAGAGGCAGAAGAAUACUUAAGGCAAUUGCAUCAAUUGACACAUUUGGGAGCAAAAAACCUAAAGACCUUGGUUCAAGACUCCCCUUAUCAUGUUAUUGGAUUAGGAAAACUGGCUGAUGAGGUUGUAAGAAAUUGUGUUCCCUGCCAAUUAGUAAAUGUGAGUAAAAAUCCAGUAACAUCGGGGAAAAGACUUCGAGGGGAUCGCCCAGGAGCUUACUGGGAAGUUGACUUCACUGAGAUCAAGCCUGCUAAGUAUGGAUAUAAGUACCUUCUAGUUUUCCUAGACACAUUUUCAGGAUGGACAGAGGCGUUCCCCACCAAAACUGAGACAGCUCAGACGGUGUCUAAAAAGAUCCUUGAAGAAAUAUUUCCCAGGUUUGGAAUCCCAAAGGUAAUCGGCUCCGACAACGGCCCUGCCUUUGUUGCCCAGGUAAGUCAGGGAUUGGCCAAGAUUUUGGGGAUGGAUUGGAAAUUGCAUUGUGCAUACAGGCCCCAGAGCUCAGGACAGGUAGAAGGGAUGAAUAGAACUCUAAAAGAGACCCUGACUAAAUUAUCCAUAGAGACUGGUUUAUAUGAUUGGUUGGUCCUCCUUCCCUUCGCCUUAUUCCGAGUUAGAAACACCCCCAGCCGUUUUAGACUAACACCCUUUGAAAUAAUGUUUGGAGCCCCGGCUCCACUAAAUGCAGCUCACCUCCACGUAUCCCCUGAAUCUGUGACUAAUAAGUUUCUGCUUGAAAGGUUACAGGCUCUGGAAGUUGUGCAGAAAGAAGUGUGGGCCUCUAUCCGAGAAGCCUAUCGGCCAGAGGACAUUUCAGUACCUCACCCGUUCCAAGUGGGAGACUCUGUCUACGUAAGGCAACAUCGAACGGAAAAUCUUGAGCCUCGGUGGAAAGGACCCUUCAUCGUCCUUUUGACCACACCUACAGCUGUGAAAGUAGAUGGCAUCUCUUCCUGGAUACAUGCUUCACAUCUGAAGAAAGCGCCUCAACCAGACCCGGACUGGCGAGUAAUUCGAACUGAUAACCCUCUUAAAUUUCGCUUGUGUAAAAAUGAUCGUGUCACUAACAAUUCUAAUUCUAAUGACCCAGUUACUUCCCACCUUCCAGAACCCUAACCCCCAUGAACCCAGGUUGCUGACAUGGCAGGUUUUCUCUCAGACAGGAGAGGCAGUGUGGUCUGUUUCUAAGACUGCCCCCCUUAAGACCUGGUGGCCGUCCCUGCACCCUGAUGUUUGCGCCCUAGUUGCUGGAUUAGACACCUGGGACAUACCUAAUAUACCUUGGAGACAGGCCCACCUAAUUCGACCACCAGACCGCGAUUAUUCUGCAGCCCAGAGCCAGGUUUCCUAUGGAGACAGCGGGUGUAGUUAUCCCCGAGCACGCAAUAGAAUAAAAACCACUACCUUCUAUGUCUGCCCCCGUGACGGACGAACCCACCAACAAGCCCGACAGUGUGGGGGCUUAGAAUCCUUUUAUUGUAGCUCUUGGGGCUGUGAAACUACGGGUAAUGUUUAUUGGAACCCCGUGUCCAGUUGGGACCUCCUUAAAGUAGUCCUGAACCACACAUCCCCCAACUGUGAGCAGACAGGGCUAUGCAACCCCUUAAAUAUCACGUUCAGUGAUAAGGGGCGCCAGUAUGAUGGAUGGGUCACUGGACGACAGUGGGGGCUCAGAUACUAUAAAUCUGGAUAUGAUAAAGGCCUCAUAUUUACUAUCAGGCUCAAAGUUGAGACCCUUCCAGCUGCCCCAGUAGGACCCAACGCUGUCUUCCGGGAUCAACCGCGUCUCCCAGCCCCAGCCCCAAAACAGGCCCUAGCCCCACCUAUGGACUCUGCCACCACUCCCUCCGCCUCCACUCUUGGCCGAGCCACCUCCUUUCCUGGCACCGGACAACGCCUUCUCAACCUCCUUGAAGGGGCUUUUCAGGUCUUAAAUACCACCAACCCUAACACUACUGAAUCCUGUUGGUUGUGUUUCUCUUCUGGGCCACCUUAUUAUGAAGGAUUGGGAUUGUUAGGCAGUUUUAACAGGACAACCCGUCACGAGAUCAGUAGCUGAGGAAGCCACAAGAAGCUAACUCUGACUGAAGUAACUGGAAGAGGAAAAUGUUUAGGUUCAGUCCCCCCCACCCAUAAAGCUUUGUGUAAUGAAACCAUAGCUGUGACCUCCUCAGGUGAAAAUGAGUAUCUAGUCCCUCCUCCCGAAGGGUGGUGGGCUUGUAACACUGGAGUGACCCCAUGUGUCUCUACUUCUGCCUUCAACUCCUCCUGCGAUUUCUGUAUCAUGGUUCAGCUGGUGCCCAGGUUGAUGUAUCAUGAUGACCUCUCAUUCGCAGCUGAAUUUGAACCUAGGCAUAGAUAUAGGAGGGAGCCGGUCUCGCUGACCUUAGCUGUGUUGUUAGGGAUAGGAGUCGCAGCCGGAGUAGGAACAGGGACAGCCGCUAUUAUCCAAGAGAACUAACAUUAUGAGGGACUAAGGACAACUAUUGAUGAAGACCUAAAAACCAUAGAGCAAUCCAUUACUAAACUUGAAGAAUCUCUGACUUCCCUCUCUGAAGUAGUCUUGCAGAACAGAAUAGGGCUGGAUCUGCUGUUUCUAAAAGAAGGAGGAUUGUGUGCAGCUUUAAAGGAAGAAUGCUGCUUUUAUGCAGACCAUUCCGGAGUAGUAAGAGAUUCAAUGUCAAAGCUUAGGGAAAGGCUAGACCAGAGAAAGAGAGAACGAGAAGCCGGCCAAGGGCUAUUUGAAUCUUGGUUCACUAGGUCCCCGUGGUUUACGACCUUGAUAUCCACUCUGGCUGGGCCCUUACUCAUCUUUGUGUUGCUCCUCACUUUGGGACCCUGCAUAUUAGAUCGGCUGAUAACUUUUGUUAGAAAAAGAGUGAGUGCCGUUCAUGUACUAAUGUUGCAGCAACAAUAUCAUUCACUCACCCAACAGGAAGAUACAGACAUUCCAUGAUUGGAAUGCCCUUAAAGAGAAGUGGGGAAAUGUAGAACCUGAAGAAUCAAAAGUUAGCAUAAGCACAGCCAUCUUAAAGGCUCAAACACCAUUUUCUAACCUAGAAGGAGAAAAAAUUACUAGAACUUUGAAAAACAAGUUAGUCAGCCAGUGUUAAUUGUAGUGACCUUUAGUUAGCCAACCUCAAUCAGUUAAGCUUAUCUUGCUAGAACCACCCUAAACAUUCCGAAAGUGAUUUUAUCUAACCAGAAC